UUGCACACAUAAAAAGAGAGUUAACUAAUGUGGUUAUUUUAAAUAAACAAUUAGAAAUAAUGUCUUUAAAGCACGUUGUUAUAGGUGGAGGUACUGGAUUUAUAGGGAAACGUUUAAUAGACUUAUUAUGUCAACAAGGUAUAACGUGUACAAUUGUUUCACGACAAACAGGUCCUAAUAGAAUAUCCUGGAAAGAUGUACAAGAAAAUGGUCUUCCUAAAUAUACGUCUGCUGUAAUUAAUGUUGCUGGUCAAAAUGUACUCGAUCCAACAAAACGUUGGUCGUCUGAAUUUAAACAAGUUGUUAUAGAUAGUAGAGUAAAAACAACUGAAACCUUAGCCAGAGCGGUCGAAUUUACAGAUGCAAAAGCUUUCGUUACUAUUUCUGGUGUUGCUUGUUAUAAACCUAAUGGUACUACUUAUACAGAGGAAAAUGAAUGUAUACCUUAUGAUUUUUUAUCAGAACUUUGUCGUGACUGGGAAGCUGCUGCACAACUUUCGAAGGAAAGUAAAAUUAGACAGGUUACUAUUAGAUCUGGAGUAGUGUUAGGUAAAGGUGGUGGUAUGAUUAAACAAAUUUAUUUACCAUUUUUAUUCGGACUUGGUGGUCCCAUCGGUACUGGAAAUCAAUAUAUGCCAUGGAUACAUAUUACCGAUCUUGUUAACAUGUUUCUCUUCGCUAUGAAAAAUGAUAAUGUUCGUGGUAUUUUAAAUGGUGUUGCGCCUGAGCCUGUGACGAACAAAGAAUUUACGAAAGCAUUUGCUUCUGCUUUACGACGACCAGCUAUAAUACCAGUUCCAAGUUUUGUUUUAAAUGUAAUGUUUAGUGGAGAACGAGCAAAAAUGAUGUUGGAAGGGCAAAAAGUACUUCCUAAAAGAACCAAAGAAUUAGGUUUUCAAUAUCAAUUUCCUGAUAUAAAUAGUGCCUGCAAAGAGAUCGUCAAUUAAAUGAUAUUAAUUAAUUAUUUAUCUGAUUAAGUUUCAUCAAAUAUAUACAUAAUUUAUUUAUAAUUAA